AUGCCUUUAAUUAAAGAAUUAGAAAUUCAAAAAGCGGAAGAUAUUAAUGAAAGUCACAAAUCUGGGGUUACAGAAUCUGUAAGCACAAAACCAACACAGAAAACUGUCAUUUCUACAAAAGGUGAUUCAAGAACUAAAAAUGUACCUAUAGCAGUAGAGCCAAAAAUAAUAGAAAUGAAAUCAACCUUCCCAAUUAAACUGGGAGAGGCAGAACGACCACCCAAUGAGAAAGAACCGAUUCAAGAAAAACAACAACAAUCUACACAAAAGCCUAAGAAAGGUCAACAGAAGAAAACAGGUGUUAUCGAAAAACUUGGCAUUCAUAUUAAACAGUUGACAACCAGAGAAAAAACUCCAACUGAGGAGGAGAAAUCGCCGAUUAAAUCAGUGAAAGAAAAAAUGAAUGAGCAACAGUCAGACAAGUCAGAAGAUAAACUACAAGCUAUACAACACACAGAUAGUGCUGAGGAUAAAGUCAAAGAAAAGACUCCUACACAAAAACACAAAGUAACAGACAAGACCAAGGGAGGAAAGCCAAAGGAUGAUAAAUCAAAUAAAAAUAAGGCAUCAGACAAUACGCAACAAAAAGAGAUUAAAUACCUACAAAAGAGUGACAAGAGAGAAGAUCAGACCGAACAGGUACAAAUGGAGAGUCCUAAGAAUAUUCCAGUCAGUAAAAAAUGGGUCGAAAAAUCACAAACAUUACCGGCCAAAAUAUUUUCUACCCCGGAGAAAGAAGAUAACAAAAACAUAAAACAGGAAUCUAAAGAGGAAGCGUCCAAGAAAACAGGGGUUAUAGAAAAAAUAAGUAAGCAUUUCAAACAAUUAACAUUAAAAGAUAAGACCCCCACGAAAGACGACAAACCGUCCGAUAAGACGGGAAAAGACAAACGUAAGAAAGAUCGAUCCAAGAAACCGGAUGAGGAAGAACCACAAGCUGCACCAGUAGCUGAGGUUCGAGUUACGGAAAAGACUCCCACCGAAGAAGAAAAGACAUCCGAAAAACCAGUCAAAGAGAAACCAGGAAAGAAAAAACCGGCAAAGAAACCAGGUGAGGAGGACACUCAGACUGUGCAUCUGACAGAGUUUACCGUCAGAGAAAAGACUCCAACUCAAGAUGACAAACCUUCCGACAAGACCGGAAAAGAUAAAUCUAAGAAACAGCCGUCAAAGAAACCUGGUGUUGAAUUCACCCAAACGGUGCACGUCACAGAGGUGUCAGUCACUGAAAAGACCCAUCCACAAGAUAAGCCGUCUGACCAGAGCGUAAAAGACAAACCAACCGCUGGUGAACCGUUCCAGUUAACCGGUGUGACAGAACCACUAAGUAAACUACUAACAGAAUUUAUUGACAAAGAAAGGACUCCUAGCGAACAGGAGACACCUACUGACAAGACCUUGAAGGACAAACCCAAGAGUGAACCGUCCACCAAACCAGGACAGACGGAACCGCUCACGAUGCAUGUCACAGAGUACACGUUCAAAGAACAGACCCCUUCACCGAAGGACAAAGGCAAGAAAGACCGAUCCAAGAAACCUGGCGAUCUGGAACAACAACAGCUGGGUGUCACCGAGGUGAAAGUGACAGAAAAGCCCGUCGGCCAAGAGGAGAGACCAUCGGACAAAACUCCCGGCGAUGAGAAAAAGCCGUCUGACAAAACCGGGAAAGACGAGCCAACGGAUGAACCAUCCAAGAAACCGGGUGUUAUGGAAAAACUCGGUAUGCAUUUCAAACAGUUCACGGUAAGGGAAAAGACUCCCACGGAGGACGACAAACCGUCCGAUAAGACUGGAAAAGACAAACGUAAGAAAGAUCGAUCCAAGAAACCGAGUGAGGAAGAACCACAAGCUGCACCAGUAGCUGAGGUUCUAGUCACGGAAAAGACUCCCACCGAAGAAGAAAAGCCAUCCGACAAACCAGUCAAAGAGAAACCUGGAAAGAAACAACCGGCAAAGAAACCCGGUGAGGAGGACACUCGGACUGUGCAUCUGACAGAGUUUACCGUCAGAGAAAAGACUCCAACUCAAGAUGACAAACCUUCCGACAAGGCCGGAAAAGAUAAAUCUAAGAAACAGCCGUCAAAGAAACCUGGUGUUGAAUUCACCCAAACGGUGCACGUCACAGAGGUGUCAGUCACUGAAAAGACCCAUCCACAAGAUAAGCCGUCUGACCAGAGCGUAAAAGACAAACCAACCGCUGGUGAACCGUUCCAGUUAACCGGUGUGACAGAACCACUAAGUAAACUACUAACAGAAUUUAUUGACAAAGAAAGGACUCCUAGCGAACAGGAGACACCUACUGACAAGACCUUGAAGGACAAACCCAAGAGUGAACCGUCCACCAAACCAGGACAGACGGAACCGCUCACGAUGCAUGUCACAGAGUACACGUUCAAAGAACAGACCCCUUCACCGAAGGACAAAGGCAAGAAAGACCGAUCCAAGAAACCUGGCGAUCUAGAACCACAACAGCUGGGUGUCACCGAGGUGAAAGUGACAGAAAAGCCCGUCGGCCAAGAGGAGAAACCAUCGGACAAAACUCCCGGCGACGAGAAAAAGCCGUCUGACAAAACCGGGAAAGACGAGCCGACGGAUGAACCAUCCAAGAAACCGGGUGUUAUGGAAAAACUCGGUAUGCAUUUCAAACAGUUCACGGUAAGGGAAAAGACUCCCACGGAGGACGACAAACCGUCCGAUAAGACUGGAAAAGACAAACGUAAGAAAGAUCGAUCCAAGAAACCGAGUGAGGAAGAACCACAAGCUGCACCAGUAGCUGAGGUUCGAGUCACGGAAAAGACUCCCACCGAAGAAGAAAAGCCAUCCGACAAACCAGUCAAAGAGAAACCAGGAAAGAAACAACCGGCAAAGAAUCCUGCCGAUGUUGAACUACAAAGUCGGCUCAUGCAGUCUUAUUUGAGAGCUGAUCGUGAAAAUUUAGAAAAAAUGCCACUUAUUGAUGAUGGUAAUGUAACCCCGGAAGGUGGUUUUUCUGUUCCUGGGUUUAUUAUUACUAAAAAAUUAAAAACUUCACAUGAUCAUCCUUGUUACAACGAUCCUUCACAUUCUUCUUCAGAAGGUACCAAAGUCCCUCCUCUUCUACAUCACUCUGGAACUCCUGCUGUGGAACAAUUUAUUCCUCAACAGAAAUCUUUCAACGAAGAUGAACUACAUAGAUCAUCUGAUAUUCAUCGUAUGCCUGAUGAGAAAGAUCUUCCAAUUUAUGCAAGACAUGCAAUCAGGGUUGUUGAAAGUACUGAACUUUCAGCAGAAGAGAAUAGAACUAAUCAGACUAAAAUUCAAGAUCUAAUUAUAUCUGCUGUUCAAUCAGAAGUUGAUGACAAGUACAAAAAACUAGAGAGUGAUGAUGUGCAAAGUGCAAUUUUUGACCCACAUUCAGUACAAUCACAGUCAGUGGCCCCUACCUGUAUACCUACCUAUGAUUUUCCAAUCCAAUCACCUAAAGAGGAGGACGAUUUUGAAAUUAUUCCACUUUUAUUAGAUGAACCACUACCUAAAUUAUCUGAGUCAGAAAGUUGUGAUAAUCAUAAAGGGAAGUCCACAAUCUAUGACAGCAAAAAUCCAAUUACUGAAUUACAUCCAGAUAGGAUUGAAUUACACCAACCCAAAAACAUCUCUAAACCAACUGAUGAGAUAAAACAAAUUACAAGUGUAGGGACUGCACCAGCUGUGAGUAAAUCAAAGAGAAAAACCAAAAGGAAAACUAACACAGGAGAUGAAAGUGAUGUCAGCAUCAUAGAAUCAUUAUCAUCUCAUACUUUCCCAGUUUCUGACACAGAGGAUGAUCAUUCAAAUGUAGAUCCUUCUCAAAAUAUUCCUUCUCAGCUAUGGUAUGGAAAAGAUGUGGGUGAGAUAAAACCUUUCGAGUUCAGCUUCAAAUCAGUUGAAACUAGUGGAACUUGGCCUAGCCCUGGAGGCACUGUGACAGUUGAAAGAACCAGAGAAGUUAGUUUCCCACUUAGAAGUCUAGCUAAAGAGAAAAACAGCAAUGAUGAAAGUCUCAACAAUGAAGUGAAAGACCCAAAGGAAUGCACUGCUGGCCCCAUUUUCGAAAUAAAUGUAAGUGGUGUUCAGCUACCUAUAACCCAACUCUUAAGUGAUCCCGGCAUAAGUAUGAGUUAUGCUGAGAUCACAAAAAGGUCGAGAGAGCCAUCUUUAACUAGGGAAUUACCAACAACUGAUGAAACUGGAAGCUCCAGGCUUGGCAGGGAACUCCAAAAUUUGCCUGAAAUGGUAGCUGAAAAGAGAUCUAAAGCAAAUCUGCUGUCAGAUUCACUUCCUGAACCAGACGUGACCCCAGAGACUACAAAAGAAAUCUUACUUCAACAAAAAUUAAGCGAACCGACUUAUUUAAACAGGUCUAGACCACUUCAUUUAGAUACAUAUGCACAGGUUGUACGAAAAUCUAGGGAACCCUCCCCAGUCGUUAUAAAGAAAGCUUCAACUGAACCAGUAGAAAAAUUUAACAUUAACGUAGAUAAUAUGGGAGUAACUGAAAAAGAUUUUAAACCAUCUGUCGAUCAAACCUUAUCCCAUCCGUCCCAGCUCCUUUUCUCCAGCUCAGAUCCCUAUUGGUCUGAAAAUUCAAAGAAGACACUGCGUGAUAUUGAUAUCAACUGGCCACCUCCAUCAAAGGAUAACCAAGAAAUUAGAACCAAGGGUGAAAAUCCUGUUUUGGAAGCCAAAAUUGAAGUUGCGUUUGAAGAUGAAAAGGACAUUUCAAGUGAAAAAGAACAGCCAUUAAGUCAUGAUGGUGUUGAUGUAGCUAGUAAGGAGCCUGAUUAUUAUGCUCAAGAAAUUACUGACCAACAUCCAUCGGAUAAAUUAGACAUACAAACUGGCUUAAUGAGUGAUUCAGCAGAUGAAACUUUGAAAGACUGGACAGACCUACCGAACGAUGACGACAGUACCAGUAACAUUAUGUUAGAAGUCGGAAUCUCUGAAUGCACAGACGAAACACCACCGUCGAGCUGUGAUGUAGUCGAAAUAAAUGCCGAGUUGACCGUAUCAGACGAAAGUAACCGACUGAUUGACACAAAAUCUAAAGAUGCCCCAUGCAAACAGAUCUCGGAGUCGGGUAUGGAAGUUGUUAGCCCGCCGAAAAGUACAACUCAAGUUUUUAUGCAGGAGGUGACAAAAGUAACUCCACAACCGUCAGACGCUGUGCAAACUUGUAUGAAAGAAGUAAUACAUACCAAAAGAACCAAUAUAAGAAAGGUUAAAAAAAUUAUAAAGAAAGUUGUGUACAUAAAUGGUAAAGAACACAUCGAAGAGGAAGAAAUUGAAGAACCUGUUGAGAUAACUGAAAUCAUUGACGAACCAGUAGAACGUGAAAUAUUAACCUCAAGUGAUCCUCAUUCACAAAAAAUGGUAAAAUAUGAUAGACCAGUUCAUGAAAUGAGCCCACAGGAUGAUAAUCAAUCUACUUUGCAAUACACAUGGUACAAAACCCUCCCUGAACAAAGAACAAUCCUAGUUAAAAGAAUUAUCAAAAAAAUCGUGAUAAUUAAUGGAAAAGAAGAGGUUGUAGAGGAAGAAGUAGAUGAACCACUUUUGACAGAUGCUAUUACCUCACCAAUCCACAGUUUAGAUAUUGCCCCUCUUGAAGAAAUAUCAGAAGAAAACAAAAGAAGAGAAGCUGCUCUAUACAAACAACCUGCAUUUGACAUAGGUGAAUCUCCUGCGUCAAGUGCUAAAGAUGAACUACCACCAAGAAAAGAGGCAACACCUAAAGAAGAUACUUCAAAAAAGAGCGAGGAAAAGGAGAAGAAACAGGAUGAUAAGAAAACCCGAGUAGAAGCAUUUAUCAGUGCUGAAAUUAGUAGUGCAACUGAACCACAUGAACAAAAGCUAAAAUCUAGUGACAAAGUACAUAAAACAAAAGAAGAUAGUAAGAAAAAGUCCAAGAAACAAACACCUGAUCAGAAAGCUCAAGAUCUGAAAAAAGGUAAGGGUAAAAUAAGUGAAAAAGAGACCAAUGAACCAGAAAAAUUAUCAGAUGACAUGUCGGUAGAACAAGUAGAGGUAAAAACAACCAUCAUUACUGAAACACAAGAACCAUUGGUAACAAGUUUUGUUAAGUCAGAAAUAGAGAAAGAUGUUAAUGCUCAGCCACAACCAAAAUCUGCUACAAAGGGAAAACACAAGAAAACUACAAAAGAUAAAAAAGAUCCUCAUACUUAUGAUGAACCUUCUACAACAUCAAAAGAAAAAGGAGAGACUCAUCCGCCUAUACAAGAAGAUGUACUAUCUUCAACUGCAUCAGAAGAAAUGUCCAUUUCCAAAACAAAACCAGUAGAAAAGGAUGAAUCAUUAGUUUGUGAAAUACAAGUAGAAGUGAAGGAAAUUAAACCAAAACUUAAAGAAAAGUCACCAGAGUUAGAAAAACCAGAAAGCACACAAAAAGGAUCAAAAGAGAAAACAAAAUCAAAUGGUGGUAAAGUUAAGCCUAAAGAAGAAUCACCAUUUACGAAACAGAAGCCAAUGUCUAAAGACGAAGUGGAUGACAAUAAAUCAUUUGAUCUUGAAAUGCAACAAAUUGAAAAAUCCAGAAGUGAAAUUAAACCCAGAGAACCUUCACCAAAAACUGGAAAACUACAAAAGAAAUCAGACAAGAAGACUUCAAGUAAGGAUAAGCCUUUUGAUUCUGAAUUGCCACACGUACAAAAAUCUGAACCAGCUGGUACUGGGGAGAAGACUUUCGAUUCUGACUCUCCAGUACAUGUAGUGGAAGAAGUAAAACAGUCCACAAGAGAUACUAAACCGAAAGAAAAGUCAUCACCAGCAGAAAAAACACAGCAAAAAGAAAAGAAAACCAAAACAGCAAGUGAAAGUGAUUCGCCUGAUUCUGAAACACCUAAAAAAGAAAUAUAUAGAACAGAAAUUAGAGUAAAAGAACAAUCACCUCAAUUGGAAAAAACUAAGAAAAAAUCUGAAAAGAAAACCAUGCCAAUGGACGGUAAAGAUAAGCCAUUUGAUUCAAAAAUAUCCAUGAAUAUUGAAGUGCAAGAACAACAUGAACCUAAACCCAAAGAACAGUCACCUCAAAUAGAAAAAAGCCAGAAAAAACCAGACAAGACCAAAUCUGCAGGUGACAAAGACAAGCCUUUAGAUUUUGACACAUCAGUGAGUGAAGUGAAAGAAAAAACGGAAAAUCAACGUAAAGAGCAAUCACCUCAAUUAGAAACAACCCAGAAAAAGCCAGAAAAGAAAACCAAACAUACAGGUGACAAAGAUAAGCCUGUUGAUUUUGAAGCAUCAGUAAAUGUAGAAGUGGAAAGAAAAGUAUACAACACAGGAAAUCAACAUAAAGAACUAUCAUCUCAACCAGAAAAAACUCUGAAAAAGUCAGAGGAUAAAACCAAAUCAACAGGUGACAAAGGCAAGCCAUUUGAUUCAGAAAUAUCUGUGAAUAUUGAAGUAGAAGAGAUAAAAACAUCAAAACCUGAAACUAAGCCUAAAAAACAAGUUGAUAAAGAAACACUUCCUGAUUCUAAAAAACCAGUAGAAGAAGUAAAGAUCUCCAAAACAGAUAGUAAACUGAAAGAAAAAUCACCACAAUUAGAAAAAGAGGAGAAAAAAUCUGACAAGAAAACUAAACCGCAACAAAAUGAGCCUGUUGAUUCACAGAUAUUAGUGAAUGUCGAAAUCGAAGAGAGAAAAAUGCCUAAAAAAGAAACCAAGGCUGAAAAGCCUGAUGACUCAAAUACACAAGAGGAAGAGUUCAAAACGGAACAUAAACUAAAAGAACAAUCACCUCAAUUAGAAAAAACACAAAAGAAAUCAGAAAAGAAACCCAAAACAGCACAGCCUCUGGACAGAAGAACACCACCAGAGGAAAAAAUAUGCAAAACUGAAAUUAAGCCUAAACAACUAUCACCUCAAUUAGAAAAUGAACCGAAACAAUCUGAAAAGAAAUUACCAUCAAUGAAAGAUGGAGAUAAACUUCUUCAUACAAAAACACCAGUAGAAGAAGUAAAGCUAUACAAAACUGCAAGUCGGGUUAAAGAAGUGUCUCCUCAAUUAGAAAAACAACAGAAAACAACUCAAAAGAAACCACAAUCUCCAAGAAGUAAAGACGUUGAUUCAAAAACACCGGUUGAAGAAAUUACAACAUACAAAACUGAAAUUAGGUACAAAGAAACAUCACCACAAUUAGAAAAACUUCAAGGAAAAUCUUAUAAUGAACCCAAACCUGAUUCUGAACCAUCAACUGAAGACACUAAGUCAUCAAAAACAGAAUAUAAACCUAAAGAAAAACACAAGAAAAAAUCAGAAAAGAAAGGUCAGCCGGUGAGUGAUAGUCCUCAAUUACAGGAAGUUCAAGUAGAAGAAAAGAAAAUUUCCAAAACUGAAACUAAACCUAAACAGCAGACACAACAGGAGGCACAUGCUCAGAAAAAGCCAGAAAAGAAAAUGAAAUCUCCAAUCGAUAAAAACAAGCCACUUGAUUCGGAAUUACCAGAGGAUGUUGAAGUGGAAGAAAAAAUAUCCAAAACUGAAAUUAAGCCAAAAGAACAAUCACCUAAUUUACAGCAAGAAGAACUAUUCACGAAAAAAUUACAAAAGGAUAAGAAAUUAGUAGGAAAGGGUGAACCUAAAUCUAAGGAAGAUGAUAUGACAGAGGUUCAAACAUCAGAAAGUUCCACUUCUGACAAAGGAAAGAAAGGUAAAUUGAAAAGAAAGGAAGCUCAUGAUGAAGUAUCAGAACCUAAACCCAAGAAACAUACAGAAUCACAUGUUGAAGUGGAGACUUGUGUAACUUUGACAGAUCCUGAAACCACAGACCAUACUGUUGAAGUCUCAGUAGAUCUUCAAUCCCAGGAUUCUUCAGUAACCGACAAAGUUAAGCCAACAAAAAAUAAUUUAUCUGAUGAUUCAUCAUUGUCUACUGCACCUGAUCAGGGAGAUCUUGUAAAAUCUGAAGAAUCAUCAAAAGAUGUUAGUAGUAAAAAGAAAAUUUAUUCACAACCCGAGAGUUUAAGAAAGGAUGAAUCGGUCAGCAGUCUGUUGAAAGACGCUCCUGAAGAAGAAAGAAAGAGUUUAGAAUCUCUCCGUAAAUCAGAACAUUCAGAAGUAGUCGAAGUAGAUCUAACAUCACCUGAUGCCAAUUUGAAUAAACCUGAAUCUAAAUCUAGUAGCAGUAAGCAUACAGAAAUUCAAGAAUUACCAGCCAGAAAGGUGAAAAAACCUUUUGAAGAAGAAUUUCCUUCUCUUUCAUCACAACAGCCAAUGCAACCUGAUGGCCAAAAAUUGGGAACGAAAACCCAUAAAAGGAAAGGCAAAAGUGAUACUCCAAAUAAUGAUUUGAACAUAUCAAUUAACACUGCAAUUGCCGGCGAUGAGUUUGAGACAUCUUCACAUGUACAAGUUAAUCAAGACUUAUUACCUAAAACACAACAGUCUAUUUCACUAAAAGUUAAUGAGUCUAUAAAUGUUUCAAGUGAACAUGAAAAACCAAACAUUGUUUACGGCCUUAACAUAGAAAGUAAACAGAAUGAAAAGUUACAACAACAAGCAUCUUCAGAUUCUUCAGGAAUGAUCAGUCCUCAACCAGAUGACACCUCUACAAGUAAAGAAGAAAUUUUAGUCAAGCAAACAAAGAAAGUGCCAUCUCCCACUAAAGAAGCUGAAGUGAAAAGCAAACAAGCCCCAACAGAAGAGUCUGUCCCUGAAGAAGAAGUUAUUAGAAGCUUGACGCAAAAGGUUUCUGACAUAAACAAACCAUCAUACAAAUACUACAUUUCCCAUGAAGAUAUCAAUGAUGUCAAGACCAAACUAAACAAUCAUCUUAAAAAACUCUCUAAGACAAAAGAUCCUGAAGAAAGGGAAAAAAUCAAGUUGAUUUGCAUCACUAUAAUAUCAGAAUAUCUGGAAAUAAUCAAUUAUUUAAUAUUGAACACCAAAAAAUACAAGAAUGGAAAAUUUAACCCUGAAUACAAAUUACAACAGAUGGCGACCAUCCCUGAAGAAUUGACAUCUCUUAAAUCUUUAAUCCAAGUUCUUCAGGAAGAACUUGGUGAUUCGGAUUUAAUGAGAAUUGUUGAAAAUCAAGCCGAAUCCGUGUCUAAAAACUACAAUGAAACAAAGGAUCAGAUGGAUAACGAACACCAAAAGUGGGAUGAAUUAUUGGCUUCUAUAAAUAGCAGCUAUGUCCUUCUGAAAAAAUUAUCGAAAGAUAUUGAUUCCUUGGAAAAGGAGGAUGGAUGUACUACAGAUGAAAAAAUGGCUAAGUUAGAUGAGCUAGAAGCCACAAAUACUAAUUAUGGAAAUCAAAUAAAUUCAUUAAUCCACCUUGGAAGGACAUUGUCAACUCCACCUCACAGACUUAUUCCACAAGAUCUUAUAGAUGCUGCUCACUUGUACAGCUCAAAUGAAGAUGCGAUUUCACUUCUCAGAGGACAAUUUGAACAAGCCGAAGCACUUGCACAAGAGUACAAAGACACGUUAGUCGAAUUGGAACAUGUGACUAAAAUUGCGCAAAACAUGGUAGAUUCAAGAGUAGCUGUUCAAAGCUUACAACAUCUGAAGGAUGAAAUGCAAAAGGGACGAAAGUUUUUCAUCAGCCUUUCCCAUUGUCGUAUGAUUCUUGAAUAUCUUGAAGAACACCUUAAUCCCGAGACAAGAAAAUCUCAUGAAAAGUUACACAAAGAAUUACACUCGUUGGCGACAGACAUUCUGGAAAAGGCUGGAGAAAGAACUGAACAAUUAGCCUUAGCAACUUCAAAAUGGACAAUACUUGAACAGGAACUUGCAGAAGAAACAAAGUGGCUGCAGGUCGCUUUGCUUAGAGUGCCUGAUCUCACAAAAGUUACAUCCUCUGAUUAUCCUGAAUACAUUUCACUCUAUCAAUUAAUGAGCGCCGAUGUCAAUUUGCACAGUGCCAGGGUUUGGAAACUUCUUAACACAGCACAUGCACUUCAGAAUUUUGUGUCAUGUCCUGAGCUAGAAGAGAAGUGUGAACAAAUAAGGAUGGAAAUGUCACAGCUUCAAGAUAAAAUCAACGAUGAUAUUGCAAAUCUCAUGGCUUUUAAAGAAAUUUGGUUCAUGCAUGAAAAUAUGCUGUCCAAGCUUACAAAAUGGUUAGAUUUGGUUCACAAAAAUAAAAAACUUAAGAAGCCUCCUGUCAACAUUGUUAAAUUUUGGGAAUUAAAGGCUGAAUAUGAAGUAUUCAAGCCUCUUUAUAACGAAUGCGGUAACAAUUUUGAGAAAGCGAUGAAUGCUCUUCCUGUUUCUGAUGAAAUGCAAUUAAGGAAAAACAUGACAGACUUGAAUAAUGAUUGGGGCAGAACAGAAAAACUGUUUGGAGAACUUGAAGAACUGGUGUCUUCUUCCUUUGUUCUUCCUACUGGCUCGUCACCGACUGAAAGAUUGAACAUGAUGGAAUCAAGGCUUAAAGAAAUGGAAAAUGCAUUGCUUAACAUGCAUGGUGUAAUUAAAACUGAUGACCACCUUCAACUGUGUAUCGGAAAAUUACAGGUUUUGAAAGAAAGCCUUGAAGGUGUCCAAAAUGAACUUUUGAAGAUGGGAAUUGUACCAGCAAUUGAAAAAGAAAAACUGACAUCACUUCAAAAUUUUGCUCGGAAACUCAUGCUAUCAGUAACUAACGAACUACAAGGGCUGAGAAGUAUACAAGAACGACUUUCUAUACUGAAGAAAGGAAUUACAAGAGCAAAACGAGACCAAUACAGGGCUUCUGGUGUUCUUGAUCAGUGUGAGAAUAGCCUCAAUUUGGAACAUGCUGAUGUUAAACAAGCAUAUACAAAUGCUGAGGGUGUUUCUGAAUUUCUAAAGGCGCAGUGGUCAGACCUAAUGGCGAUCCGUCAGGUCUUGCAUUCCAUACCACUGGGCGUUAAAGUUUCCGUUUCCCCGAUUCAUUGUGAAAAAGAAAUAUCCAAACUGCAAGACUCGCAUUCAAAAUUAGAAGAAAGAACGCUCAACCUGCUAUCGAAACUCAAAGCAAGAAAUGGGCUUUGGGAUGAUUUCAACGGAAAACUAGAAGCCGUACGUCAUUCUGUGAGGGAAGCGGAUUACAUGAUGGACAUGCUCAAAGUUCAAGGACCUCUUGACUAUAAGAGGCUAGUCAAAGCUACAGACCGGCUAAAGGGCGUUCAAGACACUCUCGGUGAGCGCGAAGUGAGCUUGGAAGAGCUCAAAGAGAGCGGUCAAACUUUGGAAAAGGUCGUCAGCGAGGAGGUCGGGAAGAAGCUUAGAGCCGAAGUCAAAGCCCAAGAAGAAGCCUGGAAGUCAACCCAGGAAGAACUGACGGACCUCGUUAAAAGCUACACGCACGCAGCCGAACUUUGGGUGCAAUACGCGGACGCAAACAAAAAUCUUGACUUGAACGCAAAUCUCACAGCAGAGGACAAGCUUGCCACAAAAAAGUAA